CAUAAAGACAGGGAGUUGGGCUGGCAGGAGAACCCAGGAGGUGUGAGUUAGUCUAUAUGCAUGCCGUUCUUGGUUUCUUCUGUGUUAUUCUCCUGCAGUCAGGUAUCCAACAUUGAAUGGCAGCUUUCUGGACUCUAAAAUCCUAGUAUCUGUGAAAUCCCAACAUAUGAAACUUUCAACCACUGUGCAGAUAGGACCAAAGCCAUCCUACCAAUGAAACCCUUGUCUCAUGGGUGGUUGUGGUCCAGUCUCCUGGCUCACAAUCACCUCCUCCUCUUCACAGCACUUGUUUCUGCCCACAGACCAACCCAACUAGUCCCAUGGCAAGCAAGAACCAUACUCAUGUGACGGAGUUCAUGCUCCUGGGCUUUUCCCAUGGCCAGCCCUUCUUCUUUGUUCUUUUCCUGGUCAUUUACCUGGCCACGCUGCUGGGGAACUCUGUAAUGCUCGCCCUCGUGUCCCUGGAUCCCCAUCUCCAGAGCCCCAUGUAUUUCUUUCUCAGUCACCUGUCCUGCUUGGACAUUUGCUAUUCAUCAGUGACGGUGCCCAAGAUCCUGGCAAAUGCCCUGCGCCCGCAGGCGACCAUCUCCUACUGUGGGUGCCUGGCACAGAUGUUCUUCCUGAUGGGGUGUGCAGGGGCCGAGUGUGCACUCCUGGCUGUCAUGGCCUAUGACCGCUACGCAGCCAUAUGCCAGCCCCUGCGCUACGCCCAUGCCAUGAGCCGGGGCAUCUGUGCUGGGGCAGCUGCCGGCUGCUGGCUCUGGGGGAUGCUGGACUCGGCCGUGCACACCCUCCUGGCCACCAGGCUCUCCUUCUGCGGGGCUGCCCAGCUCCAGCACAUCUUCUGUGACGUCCCCCCACUGCUCAGGGCUGCGUGCAGCAACACCCACCCCAGCGAAGUGGCACUCCAUGCUGCCAGCGUCUUUGUGGGCCUCAGCCCCUUCCUGCUUGUCAUCGUCUCCUACCUCCGCAUCCUGGCCACUGUCCUCAGGAUGCCCGUGGCCACCAGCCGGCACAAGGCUUUCUCCACAUGCUCUGCCCAUCUGCUCGUGGUCAUCCUGUACUUUGCGACAGCCAAUCUGAACUACAACCGGCCCAGCUCCGGCUACUCCCCGGCAUCUGACAUAUUGGUCUCCACACUGUACUGCAUCGUCACCCCCAUGCUGAACCCCCUCAUCUACAGCCUCCGCAACCAGGAGGUGCGGGGGGCCCUGAGGAAGGCUGUGUGGGGACGGGGCACACCAGGCUCCCCAGGCAGCAAUGCAUGAGCAACACCAGGGCUGCAACAGAGUGCUGAUGUGGCACAGAGCAGCAUCGCCUGUCUGUGGGAAAUCUUCGAUGGCAGCAGUGGGCUCAGGGCUCCCUGUCCAGGCAGUGGCUGCUUGUGGCACACUGCCAUCACUUGUCCCACCCUCAUCACAUCACUGGUGGCAGAAUGGCAAAAUCAAUUUGGGAACAGGGCUUAUGGCUUUACUUUGCAAGUGUCAUGUGCUGAGUCAGUGCGGGACCUGUUGCAGCCUCGCUGCUACCAGGGAAUGCUGUAAAAGGCAAUUUCAUGUGGUACCAGAA